AUGGAAUUCACCAGCCUCAUCGUAGAGCGGGACGAUACAAACAGGAAGAUAGAAACGAGGAUCAAGAACGGCAAGGCAACACGAGGAGAGGUUCUUGACGCACAUUCCAAUCGGUUGAGGGGCCAUAGACGCGUCCUUGAUCUCAUAUCCAAAGUGUUCCUUCCCGCUGGUUACCCCGAUUCCGUGUCUCCAGAUUACCUUCGCUAUCAAAUAUUGAAUGCCUUACAAGCGUUCUGCAAUUCUUUGGUGGGACUUCUAUCAUCUAGGGCGAUCCUUGAAGGAUUCGGAGUUGGAGAUCCAUCUGCGACAGCAACGAAUGCACUACUUCUCACUGUCCUGCAAGACGUUUUCAGCCGUUUAACAACCAUUGUCGCGGCCCACAUAUUGGGUUCUUCACUAGCACCCGAUGUGAAGAAAUACCGACUCCUUGCUGACAUGCUCAACGACGCCGCCGUAAUUCUGGACACAAUUUCACCUCGUCUCGACACGCUUUUCUUUCCUGGUCUGCGAGUUGCAGCAUUAUGCCUCAGCGCAUUGUUCAGAUCUCUUUGCGCCAUCUCAGCGGGCGGCUCCAAGGCGUCUAUCAGCUUGCAUUUCGCUACACCGCUCAAAGGUACGGGCGACGUAGGCGAUCUUAAUGCAAAGGACGCCAGCAAAGAGACUGUCCUUGCCUUGCUCGGUAUGCUGCUUGGUACGCUCAUUGUGCCCCAUUUGACGACGCCAUGGACAAUUUACACAACUCUCCUUGUUCUUGUCGGACUCCAUCUCACCAUCAAUUAUAUUGGUGUGCGGGGUCUGGUCCUGCGCACAUUGAAUGGACAAAGGACUUGGCUUGCUUGGUCUGCCUAUAUGCGCACACAACCAGGUCGUGCCCCAACACCUGAUGAAGUGGCGAGUUUGGAACGUAUAUUUGAACGUCCAGGUGCAUUUAGGGAUCCUAGAAGCGGUGUCCUUAUGGGCCGCUGUACUAUUGGCUCUUCGUUUUCGGAGAUACUUAGCGGACCUAUACCUCCGCAGCUACUUGAGUUGUUCAAGGAGGAACGAUAUCUACUGUGGUUCGAUCGUCGCUGCCUGCUCCGACCGGAAUCCCCUUCCGUUGAAGGCUUCCUUCGCCUACAUAUUUGCCUCAAAGAGGGGUACAAUACUGAGGAUCAACUGAAAGCGUGGAUUCACGCUGCGGAAUUGUGUCGGGCUAUUUCUUCGCAAAGGGAUGCCUCUGGUGUCCUUGAUGCACUGGGGGUUCUUGAGGAGACCCAUCAGAAAGUUGUGGAACUGAUUCCGGAUUUUGUCAACAAAAUGCGGGCUCUCGGAUGGAAUACCCAUGAUUGUGCUCUUCUGUCGGGAUCUCCUGUCGCUGUUAUCCUCUCUGUUGAGAAUGCAGCCGGUCAAGCGACAGAAGGAAAGAAAACACGAUAG